CGUGCUCCCUUCCCCGUCUUUGCAUUUCCAAGAGUGCCUCCCCCCCUGCAAGUGGUCGCAUUUUGCUGGGCCCGGGCCAGGGGCAUUUCCUCAAAUUUCAAUCUCCCUACUCCCAACUAUGAGAGCAUCCGACAGCGAGCGAGGCUGAACGACGUCGCCGCAGCACCGAGAGGAGCGAGGAGGACAUGCAGCCAAACAGGGCCAAAGCCGACGCCUUGGGACGGAAGGCAAAGCUUGCCAAUUCCUACCAGGAAUUGCUUGACGAAUUUAACAACAAGGACCUCAAAAACGUCGGCAACUACGGACUCGGGAGACUCAUAGGGAAGGGAUCCUUUGGCAAAGUCUACCUCGCCAACCACAAGCUCACCAAUGGCUCCAAGGUCGUGCUCAAGUCGGCAAAGAAAGACGACUCGAAUCUGGCUCGCGAGAUCCACCACCAUCGACAGUUUGUACACCCGCAUAUCGCGCGACUAUACGAGGUGAUAGUGACCGAGUCCAUGGUAUGGCUGGUGUUGGAAUAUUGUCCCGGCGACGAACUCUACAACUACCUCCUGAAACAUGGCCCCCUGCCGGUCGAAAAAGUCCAGAAAACCUUUACCCAGCUCGUCGGCGCCGUCUCCUACGUCCACCUGCAAUCAUGCGUGCAUCGCGACCUCAAACUCGAGAACAUCCUGCUCGACAAGCACGAAAACGUCAAACUCGUCGACUUUGGCUUUACGCGCGAAUAUGAGGGCAAGUCCAACUACCUCCAGACCUUCUGUGGAACCAUAUGUUACUCGGCGCCGGAAAUGCUGAAGGGGGAGAAAUACGCUGGAGAAAAGGUCGACGUCUGGAGUCUGGGCGUCAUUCUUUACGCGCUUCUGUGUGGCGAGCUGCCCUUCGAUGACGACGACGACAACGUAACGAGAAAGAAGAUCCUGACCGAAGAAGCAAAAUACCCUGACCAUCUGCCGCCAGACGCAGUCGCGCUGCUAAAGCUCCUCCUCUCGAAACGGGCGUUGAUCAGACCGACACUCCCGGAUAUCCUUACUCACCCCUUCCUCGCCGAGCAUGCGCCCCAGCAGCAUGCCAUUCUCAAGCUCCAUCGACCCGCUCCGUUCAGCACGGCACUCGAGAAGGACUGCUUACAACGCAUGAGGAGUGCAGGGGUAGACAUCGAUCAAGUCAUCGAGAGCGUGCUCGCCCAAAAAUGCGAUGCGCUGGCUGGAUGGUGGACCUUGCUCUUGGAGAAGGAGGAGCGGAAGGCGAAAAGGAGGGAACGGAGGCGGAAAGAGAAGGAGGCUGAAAAUCGAAAUUCUCGCCGCUUCUCGGCAGCAUCCAGCAAGCUCGAACGCAUGGCUCCUAUCCUCGAUGAAGAUGGCAUGGAACCCCCACUACCGCGAACGCGAGGUCGGACCGAGAGGCGCAGUGCUCAUUACCUCGACUUGAACAUCAACAUCACUGAUCUCCCCCACCUGCCCGAAUCCAGUGAGGGGGGUGCGUUCAGUCCUGACUCGGAAGCGCCGCCGCCGCCGCCUGUAGACAAAGACUCAAUUCGAUCCGUCAGCACGUCGCGCCAGAGGCGGCCUAUACCGCCACCCAAAGAAGGCAUCUUGCGCAGCGCAAGGUCUAGAGGCUCGACGCUGCACUUGGUGACCACAACGGACGCUCUGCAUCCGCAACCACACGCCAAGGGGGCGGACCCCACUCCCCAGAAAGUGCGCAAGAAGCCAUCGCAGGUCAUUGUUGCCCACAUGAAGAACUGGACGCAUUGGCUCGUGGAUACAACGCGCCGCCACAGGCCCACCAAACGCGGGAGCCAUUCUACGCCCAAUCUGGUCGGGAAGAAUGGCAGCACGAAGAACUCCAAGGACGCGAGCCCUCGGCCCCACACUAGCAAGCAUUCCAUUACCGCUUCCCCUCCCAGUGCGGCUGCUGCCACGGACCCAAAGCAUGCAGUUAAUGGCCACACUUCGGCGAAGUCGGGACACGACGGCGGUGCAUCGCUUGGUAGCCCUAUCACCAUCAACACACCUACGUCGGCUGUGCCCAUUCCUACGUCAGGGCACAUAGCACCACGGAUGCCUUCAUCCACUUCAUACAAACGGCAGUCACUCUCACCAGGACCCAUGACACCUCGCACGACCGCCGUCCGCCGCUCUUCUAAGGGCCUGCGAGGCAGGAAGUCGACCUCGAGUUCUCUGAGUUCUAUACGGACAAUGCCACCCCAUCACCAACACAGCCAUUCUAAGGCAUCAUCCACCUCCUCCAAUGGGAGCAUCUCGACAACGAUGACCAAGACACCUGGCCGAUCGCCUCAUCAUUCCGUGAAAGUACUGCCAGCCACUCCGACGUCCACUAGUUUUCCCUCCAACAUCCGCUUGGUCAGGGGCCCCGCUCUGGCAUUGAACUUCAACGAAGGCAUGCCGGCAAAUGAUAGAAGAUAUGGCAAUGGUCCGCCCGGGAGCCCGAAUCCCUUCGGCGGCGGUAACGUGCUGUUCGCAAAACGAAAGCGCAACCUCUUCAAAGGGCCUAUGCUAGCGAUGGGGAGCCAAAACCCAGUCGCGAGCGGCGGCAGCAAAAGUCGAGACCACAGCCACAGCCGGACGGCAAGUGCUUCCGUUCUAGGAAGGCGAAGCGGGGAAAACGCAAUCCAGGAAGAAGAGGAGGUAGAUGAAGAGGACGACGGCCGCGGCGAAAGCAGAUCGAGGCGAGGAGACAUCGACAAGGAGAGUAUUGAGGAAGUGGAUCAAUUCAGCCCCGUCGCCGCGGCCCUGCCGGGGGAGAUUGUCGAGGAGAUUUACGAAGGCGACGAGGACGAGGAUGCCACACCGCCGGGGACUGCUGCGGGUAAGGGGAAGGAGACAGAGAAUGAGGCAGAGAAGCACAAGGAGGUAAUUACAGCGGCGGCUUGAGAGAGAAGCCUCUUCGUAUAUGCUUGAAUGAUACCUUUGACGCGAAGCAGGAAUUAGGAGAGCAGAAACAGAAGAUAAUAAGGCAACGGAGGGAGGGAGUGAAGGAGUAUGCUGGGUAGAUGUAGGACCGGGGAGUGGUAUAAACGGGAUUAGAACAAAACCAGGUCCAAAUGGAUGGAUGGAUCAUAGUUGCUGUUAGUGAAGGAUACCUUGAAGUUGUAAGAUGAUGAGUUUGCUAGUCGCUUGAGUGGUGUAAUUUUAACUAGACUUGUGAGAUGUCAAAAUUGGAUG